UGCCUUCGAAGGAUCAUUUUUGGUAAAAUACUCUAAUCGCCAACACAGGGUGUCUUUGAAAUAGCUUCUGAAGGUCUCUUUUCACAUUAUUCACAUAGUAUACGCGCAGACCAUAUAUACAUUUUAUGUACAACAUACAUACACCUAUUUGGAUACAUAGCAGCCACAGUCAUAUCUUUCACUCUAUUUCUGGUUCCAGUAUUAAAGUCACACAGUUAAUUACACCAAAGUGUACAUAGAAGCAAUGACGUCUAUGUAGCCGUCAUCAUAUAGUCCAGUUAUAUGCGCCAUCAAUAUACAAAGAGUGAGCGAGUGAGUAUGGUUUUACGCCGCUUUUAACAAUAGUCCAGCAAUAUCAAGGCGGGGGACACCAGCAAUAUAGGCUUCUCACAGUGUACUUCGACGUGACGUGCGAAUGCUUUAACCUUUAGGCUACCCGACCACCCAAAUAUACAAAGAAACUUGCUUCAUCAUUAUAUAUUUUCACAGUGGUAAUUUGCUCUGUGUGUGCAAAAUGCAAGGACAAGAACAUAGAAGUAAUUUGCAGAAUGAUGGUCACAGUUCCGAUCUAAUUCUUUGCAAAGACAAGGAUUUAUUUACCGAAGAAGCACUUCCCUUCAACAUGUACAGUGCCAUGUACAUUCUGGUGGAUGAGGUGUUAAUCAGUGUGCUCCUAAAUAAGAGGCGUGCGGUAGAGACAGUGGAACUAUAUUUUGAAGGAUUUGCAGAAGCAGGAAAUCGAGUGUUCCUGAUAAAUAACCUGGAUGACGACCACAAAUUUAAGACAUUGUUUUACCAACUGCCACAGGGAUGUGCAAAGAUAUACACAGAGAUUGUCAUAUCUCAGUCCCCAAAGAACAGAGCAUGGUCCCCAGUCAUGCAGGAGGAAGAAGAGGAGGAGAAGACAAUGGUGGAUGAGGAAGAAGAGUGGAUGGAAGAGGAAGAAGAUGAUAUUGUUGAUAAUGUUGCAAAAACCGUUUCAAUGUUAGAUCCAGAUGCGGACGGCACAUCUGAACAAAAGGGAAAACCUGCAGAAGGGAACAAUGGCGUCCAGUGUUUGCAAUUCGGGUCACAUUGCAAGAUGACAAUCAGUGCACAGUCAAAUCAGCUGGUCAUCGCCAAACAAGAUGGCAGUCACAAUAUUGUGAACAUCAGUGUUGAACCGUCCCCUUCUUCAUCCAAAAUGGUUGUGGUGAUGACAUCCAAUCCUGACAAUCCAGACCUGGAGGGACUCCUGGUUCAUGAGAUAGACAGGGACACAGACGUGCUGAACAUAUCGCUCACCUCUCUCGAAGCUGCUAUCGUUGGUGUCAGAAAGGGAUCUGUUGUCAUGGAGAUUGAAGUGAAAUCUGGUCAGAACAUGAACCCUGAUUGGAUGAGUCAGGUUCUUCAGACUAUCCUCAAGGAUAUUCUUACCCCUGACGUUCUCGGUGAAACAAAACUACAGGUUGACAUCAAUACACUCAAUGUUAUACCCAAAGAAAAACUGGGAGACUAUGUUCUUCUGCUGGACCCUGAACGAAAACAUGAAACGUGCGUAAAAAAAGAAAAGUACCAAGCCCUUCAGAACAGACUUGAAGCAACACAAAACAAAAUGAAAGAAUCAGAGAAUGUUCGAGUUGUCCAGUUAGUGAACCACACCCACUCCUCCGGGGGUACUAUUGUGCUGGUCAGCGGGCCUCCCGUCCAUCUUCAAGACAAACUCCUGGCAUAGUUUUGAAGAUGUUGUCGUGGUCAAAAGGAGAUAGCUGUACCACUCACAGAACAAAAAUCCUUGGAUAUAUCUUGGCAGUCGUCACUGAUGCUGUGCUGGGCUGAAAAAACGUUUUUGAUCCGUCACUGACGUUUGUGCCAUGAGGACUUUGAAGAUGUUGCCCAUUACGUCCCAGCAAUGCUAUAAUGUUGCAGUCAGUGCAGCUUCCAUACUGUGGUGUAGCAGUAUAAUAUUACACUCAUAUAUACUGAAUGGCACUUGGAUUCGACAAUAAAAUGUAAUUAUGUUGUA